AUGGCUCGCCCUCUUGAAUUUGUAAAGGACAUCAAUGAGUCAAAAGAUUCAUGGAAGAUUGCUGUUAGGUGCAGACAUACAACGAAAGUGAAGGAUACCGGUUCUGCGGUUAAAAAUCUGUUAUCGUUUAUUGAAUCUUUGAAGAAGCAAGUAGCUAUGAAACAUAUUGUUUCACUCAAGUAUAUCUUUGGAAUUCAUGGAGAAAUCAAAGAAGUUAUUAGGACUUAUGCUUUGAACAAAACAUGGUGGAUAAGUUUUCUGAUGGAUAUUAUUAGGGACAUUGUUGAUGUUAAGGGCAAUAUCUCUGCCUACAAAUUUAAACAAUAG